UCGCUUGGUCGUACGGUCCGUGUUGUCCCUGUGUCCACGGGCGGGCGCGCUGUCGGAGCGGGCGCGGCGGAGCGGGCGGGCAGGCACGGAGGCCAUGGCGGCCUCGGCGGCCUCGCACCGGCCCAUCAAGGGGAUCCUGAAGAACAAGAGCAGCGCCCAAGGCUCCGCGGGCCUGCCCCCGCCCGCCGCCACUGCCUCCGCCGCGCCUCGCCCACCCCAACCGCGGCUCCUUAGGACUAAUUUUAAUUUUAGUAAAAAAUCCCAGAAGUGGGAUGAAAUGAAUAUCCUAGCAACCUAUCAUCCAGCAGACAAAGACUAUGGUUUAAUGAAAAUAGAUGAGCCCAGCACUCCCUACCACAGUAUGGUUGGCGAAAAUGAUGAGGAUGCCUUGAGUGACUCCGAAACGACUGAAACCCUGACCCCAGAAGUCUUGGCCCGAAAGUUAUCGGCUGCAGAAGGCUUGGAACCAAAGUUCCUCGUUCAGGAUGAUGAGAGCAGUGAAGAGGAGGAAGACCUGACCCCCGAAGAGCAAGAAAAAAGGCGUCAGUUUGAGAUGAAGAGAAAGCUUCACUACAACGAAGGACUCAACAUCAAGCUGGCUCGGCAGCUCAUUUCCAAAGAACUUCGGGGGGACGUGGAGGAUGACGACGGAAUGAGGCCUGGAAGGAGCAGCCAGUUGCAAAGCCAAGAAGAUGUUCCCUAGAGGAGAUUGGGGUGGCAGCCCUGGACCUCUGUUCCUCUAUCGCUUCACGUUCUCCACCCGUCACCACUUCGGUGUCCAAACGAAGAUCUAGUAUUGCCAAGAAUUGUGAUGGUAGCAUGGGAGAGAGAGACUGCUGGAGGAGGCGGAAAUGGCGAGGAGAAGACCUUGGACCCACUGCCUGCCCGAGACUUCCAUUCACAGCGGCAUUUCUGACUGGCAUUCCUUUCCUAAGAACACUGGUUAGUUUGUGUAGGCUUUUGUCACUUUGUAUGCUUUAAAAGUUAAACAGUAGCUUUUUGGUGUUAAUUUAUUUGCUUCGGUUCAGGAGGCGAAGUAUCACCCCAAAGUGUUUUAAAAUCCAGAUGGUAUAGCAGGUAACAGGUUGAUGAAAUCUCUGCCUCGUUAAGGAUAUUAGCCUCGACAUUAGUCUUUAUAGUUUUCCUUUAGACCUUCCGAGGAAAGCCCGGCUUUUUUGUCUGUUCCAAAGCAGCUGUUUUCACAAAAGCGUUUGGAGGUUCAGAUUGCACUAACCCCUACCCCACCCCCCCUUUUGUACACUCGAGGGGCAGAUUGGAAAUGUAUCUUUUUGGGGGGGACACAGCUCAGCAAUCUCCUCGUCCCCCCGUGCUGGUCCCCGUAACAGCCCACUGCACUCACAUAUUUAGCAGGACUUUGAGAUUCCAUUUUCAGUAUGGUAGAAAUUGGCCUUAACGUAGGUGACUCCAGCACCAUUAUUGUAGCUCGUGGUGUCAGCACGGUGGUCGAUUAGGUUUUCUGGCCUGUCCCCGCAAUAGGUGGACUUGUCUUCAGUAAUGACAGUCUUCGUGAGUUUACCUGAGCAACUUAAUUGUGGCCUUCCUAACUUGGGGGAAUUUCUAGCCCAUCAAUUGAAAGCUAUUUCUUCUUUCUUCUUUUUUAACCUACUUAGCUCCUAGAAAAUCCAAACCGCAUUUAUUUGCAUGACAAGGAGAGAAUUGUGUGAUGUGAUUUGAUAGAAUUCCCAGACUGUGCUCAGUCUUAAUAUGCGACUAACGUCAACAGGAUCUGCUUCCAGAGUCACCACUAAGGCUAAAUGUGCUCUAAUCUUCUGAUGUCAAAGUACUUGGGAGGAUAAGCCUAGUGUGUUUGGGGGCCUGGUGACAGCUUAAUUGGUCGUCAGAUAUCUAUAGCUUAAAUUUGAUCCUUUUGAAAACAGAUUUUCCAUUAUAUGGAUAUACUUUUAACUUUUUUCUGUGUCUUGUAUAUAUAAAAAAAAACCUCUUCCUUGAGCAGCUUGACUUUUGCCACAUUUGACUAUAAAACCUCAGUGAGUGAAUAUAACAAUAAAGACUGGUUGCCAUUGGAAGAAUGUGGUCAUUCUUUUAAACGAUUUAUGAAACAGAAGUAUUUUUUUACAGUGAGAAUCCAGGCAAGACCCCUGGAGUUGCACUGGCUGUGUCUCAACAAAUGGAGGUCUUGCUGAGAUCCCUUUCACUGCUUGUACCCUCCUUCUUUCUUUUAAUCCAGUGGUGUUGCCCUUUUAUACAACUUUUCUUCCCCCAUGUAUGUGUGUUGGAAAAAUGGGGGGGGGGGGUGCCAGAGUGAGGAAUAGUUUUUAUAUUCCUUGUCCUUUAUCUCUUUUGAGUGUCUUAGGUUUUCUCUUUUUCUUUUUUAAUAUCCAAGUUCAUAUGAUGUGAAAAUAGCUGCUCUUUUAAGACCAGAUGUAAAGAAAGUUCUUGAGUCAAAAGUAUUCGAUGACGCUUUACUGCUCUUUAACAAACCUGGGGUUCUUUCCCAGAAGAUACAGGUUAAAAGUUAAUUGAAAAACCACUUCUUAUUCUUACUGUUUUCCAAGUUUGGGCAAAUAGAGAAUCUUUAUUCUAUCUGUAACAGUACAGAAAACAUGUCUUACAUGGGAUGUGUAUAAUUAAGAUCUGUUAUUAAAUACGUUGUGACAAAAGCUUGGCCACGUCUUUUCAUGAAGGGACACAGUCAUUGCUGGGUUGCCCACAAAUUGCUAUUGUCUGAAAAAUACCAGAUUGUAAAUGUACAAAAACAAAUGGCUAAAUAAAAUUUGAAAGACUUAUAAAU